CGGAGAGUUUGGCCUCGGCCAUUAUGCAAAGAUGGAGUUCGAAGCUCGUAUAAAUUCCGCUGUUUCAAGCCCGGAACGCUGCUUGCAUCAAGACAAUGGCUUUCGAUUCCACACCGCUCAAGGCUAAGCUCCAGCCAAAGCCAUUCAAGGCUCACGUCUCGGAUGAGGAGCUUGAAAAUUUCAAGGCUUUGCUGAAAGCUUCCAGGAUUGGCCCGAAGACGUACGAAAAUCAAGUCUCGGACGUCAAAGAUCUUGCAGGAUGGGGCAUCACCCGCGACUGGCUCGAAGCUGCGAAGGAUCUGUGGCUUAACAGGUACGACUGGAGAAAGACGGAGGCCCGAAUCAACACGUUUAACAAUUACACCGUCGAGAUAGAAGAUGGGGGGUUCCAAUUUCGAAUUCACUUCGUUGCGCUCUUUUCUAAGAAAGCGGACGCAGUACCCUUGCUCGCCAUGCAUGGCUGGCCCGGCAGCUUCUUGGAGUUCCUCGCCGCUUUGGACGAGUUCAGGAACAAGUACACGGAGGACACGUUACCCGUCCACGUGGUUGUCCCGAGCUUGCCUGGCUAUGGCUAUUCGAACGGACCGCCGCUGGACAGAGACUUUGGUCUUGAGAACGCGGCAAAGUUGAUGGACCAACUCAUGGUAGGCCUUGGCUUCGAGGACGGAUAUAUCGCUCAAGGGGGGGAUCUGGGGAGUUUCCUGUCCAGGAUUUUAGCCGUCGAGCAUCCUUCGUGCAAAGCAGCUCACCUCAACCUGGUGUCCGGCGUGGGGCCCGAGUCCGAAGCGGAGAGCAAGGAAUGGGAUCCGGCCGACCUCAAGCGCAUGUCCGAUUUUGCGUACAUGGGCACUGCGUACGGCCGUGAACAUGGCACCCGGCCCGCCACCAUCGGCUUGGUUCUCUCGUCGAACCCGAUAGCCUUGCUCGCCUGGGUCGGCGAAAAGUUUCAUCAGUGGACAGACCAGACGCCGCCAACGGAGGAGAUCUUAGACAGCGCAACGCUGUACUGGCUUACAGACACGUUUCCCAGGUCCAUAUAUCCCUACCGACAGUUCUUCGGCCCGACCCCGAAGCUGUUCCAUCCGGAUCCAGCCUACCACGUCAAGAAACCGCUGGGAUACUCCAAGUGUCCAAAGGAGAUCAUGCCGCUUCCGCCAAAAGCCGUCGCAAGAACGGGAAAUCUCGUCUGGCAAAGGGAGCACGCCGAAGGGGGCCACUUCGCCGCCAUGGAGAAGCCCGCACAGUUCGUCGAGGACAUGGAAGAGUUUGUAAGGGAGGUUUGGCCGCGGGCCAUCGAUCCAGGCUGUUAGAGCCGCACCUAUGUCUGCAGAUACGUGUGGCGAACAAGAUCCUUUUUUUUUUUAAAAAAAAAAAUUAAUUGAAUACAUAAAUAU